CAAUAACUCUUUAUAAUGAUUCUUUUAACAUUUUACUCAUUAUGAGUUAUAGGGAGAGCAAGUAAAUGUGACGGUAAUAUAGUAAGUGGGGGCCUUAUACUUGAGAGUAUACAGUCACCGUUUCUUGUUGAAUUCCAACAUACGCGAAACCGGAGUGAAAGACAUCGAAGGUGCAAAUUAAUCGGACUUUGAGUGAGAUAUCGUAGUUUUCAAGAUCUAAGUGGUUUUUGGAUAAAAAAAUGGCCGGGUUUUGGGCCGUUUUUGCCGCUUUAGGAAUUUUCUUAGGAAUUAUUGAAAACUGCCACGGAGCACAGUACUUCGGGAAACUCAUAGGGAAACUUUCCGAGUUACAUCACGGCGUCUCUGGCGAAGUUUAUGCAGUGGAUGCAAGGACUUUAUACAUCAAGGAUUUCACUUAUGACGGCCAAGGACCUGCCGCAUACUUUUACGCCAGCGUGUACAAAGCAGCUGAUAAAAACGGUUUCCGGUUGAGAGACGAGAACGGAAGCGGCGAGGUAAUCAGGAGGUACAGAAAAGAAGGUAUCACACUCACUCUUCCCGAAGGCAAAACCAUUCACAACAUCAAGAUAUUCUAUUUGUGGUGCGAAGAAUUCGCUGUUAACUUUGGAGAUACGAAAGUGGCAAAAAACUUCGAAUAUCCUCGUCCACAAAAAAUUGAAGCACUAAAAGGAGUUCAUUCCAUUUCGUCUGAUAACAUUGUAAUUGUUGAUGCACAAACUUUGUUGAUACCCAAUUUGUCUUAUGAUGGAGAAGCUCCAGGUAAUUAUUAUAAUAUUCUUACUGUUACUAUUGUGACGGUCAUUGGUUAUCGUGGUAAUGAUUUCUUCAAUUUUUAG